UGACUAUAAUGGAUGGUCUUAACGCGGAGCAGGGCAACGCGUCACACACGACCCCGACAUACUCGGGCCCCGAAAAACACACCGAGGCGAUUUUCGGACCAGCGAACGCGCUUAGAAUAUUCUGAGGCUUGUUAUAAGAUCUAUAAUUUACCGCCCUUGGCUGUUUAGUGUUUGCCGAUGUGUUUCUACUAAAGUGAGUGGUAUUUGAGACACGCCCAAAGGUGUAUAGGAUCCACCUUGUGAUGACGACAAUAGUCGUUGGACGGGUGGAGACGGUUAGGUCGAGCCUUUGACAAAGCGGGCAGCCGAGCGGGAUUAUUCCUCUAAAUGUUGUAGAGACUGCUUUCUCACGCCAGGAAUUUCGAGCAGAGACAGCCACCAUGUCGAUUUUCGGCAGCAGAAGGAGCGGUAGAAGUGCGAAAAGCUACAAGACCAGGUCUUUGAAGGAUCUGUCAGUGGAGUAUGGCAGCGACGAGACUGUGUGUCCGAUAUUUCAUGUUCGUUACCUGGGGACGCUACCCGUGGAGAGGUCCGCUAGGGAAUUCGUGGUCCCGGUGGUUCACAUGCUCUACGAACGGGGGAAAGACAAGAGUCUACCGAAGAGAACCCUCAGUAUCGGCGGACAGGGGAUUCUCAUCGGCUACCCGAAGAACGCGAUCGGGGCGCCAACACCCGACGUCGUCCCUACCCGCGCGGUGACCUACGGAAUUGCAGACAACAUUCACAAAGACGUUUUCGCGUUCGUCAUGCGGACUCGGAGCCUAGACAACCCUCUCAUGUGUUUAGCUUUCAAGACGAAGAAGCCUGAAUACGCUACUGCGUUAGCUUUGUGGCUUGUUCGCGCUAUUCAAGAGUACGGGCACAGCAUCGGCCGUCCGACCCCACCGUCUUCUGUAUCUAACCACCACAGCAGGCGGCCAUCUUCGGUGUUCAUGAGUAGGAGUCGUUCUGCAACAAAGGUGCUGUCCAACAAGAUCAACCUCCUCCGGCGAGGGUCGAUAAAAUCCCUGCCGGGAAAAACGCACAUCUUCCGACGACCUUCGGCGCAGAGCGCGAAGACUGCUACGUACGGUAAUGGGCCGGUGUCCAGGGACUACGCUGUUGUCAGGAGGCGGAACCAUUCCGGUGCGCACAGCGCCCCCCAAAGGGGAAGUCAUUAUGCGAACGCGGACAGUCAUGUCCGGCCAGAGCGACCAAGGUCAUAUGUGAAUACACAGGACCUGCAAUAUGUGACCAAAGUGCACGAGCGGGACACGCAUCGGCCUCUUCCUCGGGAAGAACCGGUGUACGCUACCGUCAACAAACCGCGUCGGUCCGCCCCCGCCUCCCCUACCCGCAGUAAUGGCGCUCCAGCCGGCACGGGGUUCCAUCUCUCCGCUAACACCACCAGGAGACGGCCUCCGCAACAGAUCAUCCCAGACACUACGAAGACCGUCUCUUUUGAACAGAAAAAUAAGAACCAUAAAAACUCCUCUAACCACGUCUUGACCACACGGGAAAAGCUGUUGAACUUGAUAUCACCCAACAGGCAGCUCAAGCAGUCCCAAAACAAGGAAUUUUUGUUUCCACAGGAUGUGCAGUAUGCCCGAGGGCCCGCCCCGCAACCGAGGUCACUCCCACCCUCACCCGAACGGACCCAAAGGUCCGCCGGAUCUCGCGAGAGGUUGUUACAACACGAGAUGUACGCCACGAGCUUGAAAGACAUCACUGUUAUGAGUUACGCUAAACCGCAGCUAGAGGAGACACACAACAACCGACCUUACAUCGCGCCUGGAGCUCCCAACUCUAAUAACAGAAACUAUGCUCACGUCAGUAAUCAUAAAACAUACGCGCAACAACCAGCAAGGCACCAGGUCCCGAACAACAUCGCCGCACCUGUUGUGAAUAGCAAACCGUACAACCCUGCUGUUAUCAGCAAACCCUACAACCCUCCCCCAAUGCCUAACAACAGAAACUACUCCCCCGGUAACAACAUAAAGAAGAAUUCUUCCGCUCCACCUUUAAACCACAGGUCAGCCUACUCGCCAAAUCACCAGCCACAUAGUGCGCCGCCACCACCAAAAGCGAUCUUGAAAAAUGACACUAAGAGUGAAAAAUCGUCCAAGUCGAAAAGGUCGAGGCAUUCGUCCAAGUCGGGUGGGAAGAAACAGUCAUACAACGUACAGCAAGACGAGCUGGAUAACAUUGAUUACGACUUGUUUGAGCAUUCUGGGAAUGAGAGUCGGUCGGAGCGGCCCCGUGUCGGCAGCGCAGGCCAGCAGCGGUCUGUGUUCGUGUCGGACUCGGAGGAAGAGUGGCCUCCCUAUCGAGGCUCCAGCAGCUUCAAACCCGUUCCAGUACAGAGUCGCGACCGGGUAGAGAUCUAACCCAACCUUCAAAUCAGAACUAGAUUUUUUCAAGGAGCAUUUAAAAGCUUCUUGAUUUUCUUUUUCUGUGUCAAAACGUACCGCCUCUUUCGCAGACCUGUAUCAUCGCUAUUUAAUGGGGGAGCGCUAGUUCGCGCUUUUGAACUGGACUAAGAUUCUAUAGCUACCUGUGCUCUGCCGGCAUUUUUAGAGAACAUUUCUGGCAAUGUUGAAAAUCACCGACCAGCACUACCCGAAGUCUGCGAAGGAGGAUACAUUUUUGACGCAGAGACGAGUCUUUGACCUGUUUUUUAAUUGUCUUGAAGUUUUAUACCUGGCGUAAUGUAUCAAUAUUUUAACAGAAACAACGAAAAUAAUCGUCGUAUUCAAAGGAUGAUGUCCUUGGUUGGAAAGGUCAGUGAUACAGUAUUACAAUAAUUGUACCUUCCUGUCUAAAAACGCCUGGAGGCCCUUCAUUGUACCUUACAAAGGAUUAUUCCCCUGGCAGAAUAAAGAUAAAUGAAACAAGAAUCCCGUUAUGUUCUUCAAAUCCUCAGAGAGAACGGACAUGUUGAAUAUUUCAGGACAGGGUUAGUAUAACAGGAUGUUAGCCGACUUUACGGACAUUCUAUAACGGAUAUAACGGAUUGCUUUCGCCAAUUCCAAAAGGUGAAAAGACAUAGGACCACUUGUGCCAGAUACAUAUAACAAAGAGUUUUUACGUAUGAAAGUAGGAGCGAUGUUUAGAUAAGGAUUUUGUACAUAUUUAUGAGUUAGCAAGUAUAAAUGAUGUAGGACAGAAGAGUAUCUAUCAAUUUCACGUCACAUUCAAUAAGUCGGGCACUAUUGUCACUUGUCCGACUAUACAACACGCAAUAUCUGUCAACUAGCAAAGCAAUUCUGACUACUAGUAGGUGUUUUCGUAGACCUCAUAUUAACACUGUAAGUUACCGCUACAUGUUUUAUGAUACAAUACAUGCAAUGGGGCUUGGUGAAUAACGUGUGCUGGCGCAUUAGAAACGAUAUGACUUGUGCAUGUACAAUUCAAUACUUUAUACACAAACGCUGUUACAGUAACGGGCACUUUUUGUACCUAUACUCAGAAACACAACAUCGCCUUAAGUUUAUUUAAUGUAUUUAGCAUUAAAAAUCCCGAGUGAUUACGUAAGAGGAUCAGACUGUGAAAAUAUGAGUCUCUUUUUUAAUAUCAACGAUUUGGAACUUGAAUAGUCGUUGGAUACAAUUAAGUAUGGCAAAUAAAAAGAACUCAGUGUUUACACACCUCGGUGACCUGUUGUUGCCAUGGCAAUUCCCCUGUGCUAUUUUGUAAUUGCGCAACACGCCCUAAUUGACAUCACCAGACAAGCACGUCAUUGUGUUCUCAGAGUGUGUGAAAUAUCUCAUAACAGACCAACAUGUUCUUAGGCGUGGUCUCAUUUUCAACUACAGUAUUCUGAAAUAAAUUCUUAUUUGACAACUAA